AUGACUCUUCUUACUGGUUGCUGUAAAGAUAAAGAGGUGCUGUGUGGAGAGCUCUUCAAACCACCCCAGACAGGCAAGAAGUGUCCCAUGAACAGUAUCUUCUCUAAUCCCGAGUUCUUCAGCUAUGGGGUGGAAUCCUAUGAAGCCUGCAAGAAGAAGUCUCUGGCCAGAGAUAUACUUGAUGAGCAGAAGAAGGUCCGGGAAGCCGACUUAGUGAUAUUUCAGUUCCCGCUGCACUGGUUCAGUGUGCCUGCCGUCCUAAAAGGCUGGAUGGACCGAGUGCUGAGGCAAGGGUUUGCCUAUGAAACCACAGAAUUUGGCAGAAUCACUUUGCUCAAGGGUAAAUUGGCAGUAUCACUAACCAGAGGCGAUCAGCUAUGGAAUGACAUGAAGGACACAAUCAGUUCUGAUUUGCAGGCCUACCUGUGGCCCCUGCCGCAUGGUGUAUUGUACCUGUGUGGAUUUAAAAUCUUGGCCCCUCAGAUCAGUUCUGUUCUUGAAUUUACAUCAGAAGAAGAAAGAGAGAGUAUGGUGGCAUCCUGGGCCCAGAGGCUGAAGACGAUUUGGACAGAGGAGCCCAUCAAGCCGCGUUGUACCUUUAGGAUAUAA